GAGCCGCUCCCGCCCCCUGGCCGCGCACCCCUGGCUGGGGGCCGAGCCGGCCGCUGCCGCCGGGAGACAGAGACAUGGCCGAAAGCCUCUCCUGCGACCUCCGUGUCUGCACGGGUUAAGGCGUGCGCUGCGGAGGGGCGGAAAAGUUGCUGUUGGAUUUCACUUCAAGGGAGCGGACAGAAAGCGGCGAAAUGGAUGACUUCCCCUCCAUCUGCCUGCUGUCCCUGGCCAUGCUGGUCGCCUGCUAUGUGGCAGGAAUUAUACCCUUGGCAGUUAAUUUUUCCGAGGAGAGAUUGAAGUUGGUGACUGUUCUGGGUGCUGGGCUCCUGUGUGGAACUGCCUUGGCUGUCAUUGUGCCAGAAGGAGUACAUGCACUUUAUGAAGACAUUUUGGAGGGGAAGCACCACGCGGCGAGCGAGAUGCAGCACGUGCUGGAGUCCGAGAAGGCAGCGAACGUCCCGGCGGCGCACGAGCACGGCCACGACCAUUCCCGGCUGCACGCCUACAUCGGGGUGUCCCUUGUCCUCGGCUUUGUCUUCAUGCUCCUGGUGGAUCAGAUAGGCAGCUCUCAUGUGCACUCUGCAGAUGAUCCAGAAGCUGCAAGAUCAGGCAACUCCAAAAUCACCACAACACUGGGACUAGUAGUCCAUGCUGCAGCUGAUGGUGUUGCAUUGGGUGCAGCAGCUUCUACUUCUCAGACUAGUGUCCAGUUGAUAGUGUUUGUUGCGAUUAUGUUGCACAAGGCACCAGCUGCCUUUGGCCUGGUUUCCUUCCUGAUGCACGCUGGGCUAGAACGGAAUCGGAUCAGAAAACACUUGCUGGUCUUUGCCUUAGCAGCACCUGUUAUGUCAAUGGUGACAUACUUAGGACUAAGCAAGAGCAGCAAAGAAGCCCUUUCAGAAGUCAAUGCCACUGGAGUUGCUAUGCUGUUUUCUGCUGGGACUUUCCUUUAUGUUGCCACAGUUCAUGUUCUCCCAGAAGUAGGAGGAAUUGCUCAUAGCCACAAACCUGAAUCAACUGGAGGAAAAGGACUCAGUCGUCUGGAGGUGGCAGCCCUAGUAUUAGGAUGCCUUAUUCCUCUAGUUUUGUCCAUUGGACACCAUCACUAAACGCUCAAAUUUCAAUGUUCUCAAUAAGACAUGAGCAGUAAAUGUCUGCUGCUCCCUUUAUCAUUAUUUUACCCAUCAUUCAUCCCAUCCACUUUAUGGAGUUCAGAGGGAAUCUUGAUUGCAAAAUGAGGAAUACUGGGAAAGUUUUUAGUGUAGCAAAAUGUACUUUGGCAGCCGGACACAAUUUCUCUGUAACUUUCUUUUCUGAAGACAUUUGCUAUUUUAAUUGUUACUUCUGGCCCUAUUCUCAGGGAAGAUGGAACUCGAAGUUUAAGAAAGGUGAGCAGGGAAGAAUAUAGCAACUCCUCACAAAAUUGCAAUCACCAAAGUAUCCUGCAGUUCAGCUUUCACAGCUGAGAGCAAAACCCAAGGAUGGCUGCGUUGUGGGAGGUUGAAGUCUCGCUAAUGAAGAAGGGGGCUCUCCCCCAUCGGUUCUACAUUGUCCUGGCAAUGCUACUGGCCCUUGUGAUGCUUGUCACUAAUUGUACUGCAGAAAUGGGCUGCACAGGGAACUCUGUAUAACACUGCUGCUGUCACAGAGGUGUCAUUUGAUAGGAAAGAAAUUAUGUGGACAAUGUGUAGGAUUAGAGGAAGAAAUCAGCUGGUUAAGAAAGUGCAAAUGAGUUUUGUAGUGUAUUCCAUUGUUUAAGACAAAGGAUAGAAGCAAGGAGAAUAGUGUUUUGAUUGUUAUUCAAUUGUUAAUAAAUUCUAAAAAGGACUGUUUCUUGGCAGAUAGCCUUCUGCCAAGUCAGUCAAGUCAGCAGGAAUUAUGUUUUGGCUACUGGGAUACACUAAUGCUUCUGUUGAGAGAGAUACCCAUAGUGCCCUUUGAGAUAGAGCUGUUCUGAGCUCUAUCUCUAAAUCUGAUGGAGACAGCUGUUGAGGGACCAGAGAAAUUUACUAGCUCAUUUUCAAAAACCUGAACUGCUGAAAUCUGUGGGGGGGCUGUGUGGGUUUUUCACUAAAUAAAGGUAUUACGGCUAACAGAACAAGAUGUUUAGUUAAGUGUUUAUGCUGCAGAUAGAGUACAAAGUGUUUCUAAAGGAGUUCUGGACAACAAAAACUCAAACCCACCAAAAACCAGUCUGGGGGUUCCCAAUGGACCUGUUAGACAUUUUGCUUUUCCUUUGGGAAUUGUUCAUUUGCCUCUUACUGAUAAGCAUUAGUUUUGGUGAACCUACUGGAGGACUUUCUGCCAAUUGCUGAUGUCUCUCACUAGAGAGGAGUGGGAAAAGACCCCUCUGUUUUCAAGGCACAGAUUUGUCUUACAAGACACUAUUUCCCUUAUGUAAAACAUGUUAUACUGUAAUGUGCAUUGGAAAGUCAGGAAUGUUUGACAUGCACAGAAUCAGCAUAAAAUUUUCUUUAGGGGAAAAGUUUUUAAUGCUGGCCCCCUUAUAAGCUAUACUUUGUCUGCACUUUUUGAAGAUAACAUUGCCAAAUCUAUUUUUCUUUUUUCUUUUUGUUGUU